AUGGCUACUGUAGACGCAAAUCCUGUUAUACACCCUGACGAGGAGGUUAUCGAUGAUAAUGACUCCUCACGUGGAAGUGAUGUUGCGUCGUCAACGCAAAGUAUCUCAAGUUCAAUCUUGAGCUAUCGGCAUGAGAAUGGAAGAACAUACCAUCGAUACAAGGAAGGAAAAUAUCAUCUUCCCAAUGAUGACAUUGAGAAUGAACGACUGGAUCUCCAGCAUCACCUGUUUUUGUUGACGUUGGAUCAUAAGCUCGGUCUAGCACCUCCGAAUAAACCCGACUCAAAGGUCAAACGUGUUCUUGAUCUUGGGACUGGAACGGGAAUUUGGGCUAUUGACUUUGCUGAUGAGCAUCCCGAAGCCGAGGUUAUUGGUAUUGACCUGUCUCCGAUCCAGCCGGACUUUGUCCCACUAAAUGUCCGCUUUAUCAUCGACGACAUUGACGAAGAGUGGAACUACGCCGACUCAUUCGAUUAUAUCCACAGCCGAAUCAUGGCCUUUAGCAUCAAGGACUGGGAAGAUUACAUCCGCAAGAUCUUCAAGGCACUCUCCCCUGGCGGCUUCAUCGAGAUCCAAGAAAUAAACGGCGCUAUCCUCUCCGACGACGGAACCCUGAAUGAUACCCACGCCCUGACAAAAUGGUUCAAGCUCCUCAGCGCCGCCUUCAUAAAACUCGGCAGCACAGCCAUUGAAUUCGACCGCAUCAAAGCCAUCAUGGAAGAAGUAGGUUUCGUUGAUGUAGUGGAUACGAGGUACAAGUGGCCGACGAAUGCUUGGCCUAGAGAUAAGAAGUAUAAGGAGCUGGGGCAUUGGAAUAAUGCAAACGCUAUGGGGGCUAUUGAGAGUUUGACGCUGGCUCCGUUUACGAAGGCGCAUGGGUGGAGUAGGGAGGAGGUGGAAAUGUUUCUUGUUGAUGUGAGGAAGGAUUUGAAUAGUCCUCAGGUCCAUGCGUAUAAUCCUAUAUGCUCUAUCUAUGGAAGGAAGCCGGAGAGCUCAGAAUAG